GGGGUUUUCGCCUCCUCCUGCAUUGAUCAUGAAAUACUGACUAGAAACAAUUGGGCUCAGAGAGCGAUCGGAGGCCGCCUUCUCUACCAUGCACUUCUGGCUUGGGACCUACAUCAAAGCAAGCUUGAUCAACAAAUGCUUAAGCUCGAAGCCGAAAAUCACUUCAUCGAGCUCGCUAAAAUUUAUUUGGGCCUUCAUAAAAUUAUUGAUGAAGUCUACCAGUUUAGAUUGCUCUAUAACCGGAAUGAAAUUGAGAAUAUUUGA